AUGGGUAUUGAACCCGAUACAGCUUCAUUACCAUUAAGAGUUGACACAAUUGAUUAUAUGAUUCAUUGGGUAUUAGAACCAUCUACCAAAAGACGAAUAUUUCCUCGUCAAGCAAUUAAAAAACAUAUAUUAGAUGUAAAAAAUUUAAGAUACGUAAAUCCGUAUAAUAAUUCAAAUGUGUCUAUUCAUGAAGCUAUUCAUAUGAAAUUUAUUGGUGCAACAGAAUACGGUUCACAAUCAGAUUCCAUCACUGUACAAAUAAAUGGUCAGUCAUACGUUAUUAAAUGGGUCUAUGAUACAAGAAAUAUGAAAAAAUUUUUACCACGUGAAGCAUUAAAAUUAGGCUUAUUAGAUAUACAAUUGAAUGAAUAUCGUAAAUUUGAUACCAAUGAUAUAAUGACAAUUUUAGAUGCUAUUCAAGCUGGUUAUAUUAAAUGUACAGAUGACGAUUCAAGUUCAGAGGGCUCAAUCAAACCCCCAUCAAUUAUUUCAAUAGAUGAAGAUGAAUUAACAAUAGCAACAAAAACGGCUACAUACGUUAUUACCAGUGUUAUACAUCCAGUGACACAAAAAGAAAUUAAAGUUUCAGAAGCUAUUGAAUUAGGAAUAUUAGAUAAAGAAACAGGCAGUUAUCGUGAUUUAAAUACAAAUGUAACAUACGAAUUAGCAGAAGCAAUUAAUGAAGGUCUCGUUUAUGCCACCAUAAUUGAAACAAAAGAAGAUACAGAAAUGUCAACUUCAUCUCUACAAGAAAUUAUUAAAAAAUUUAUCGUUAAAAGUGUAGCAAUUGAUAGUGAAUCAACAGAAAAAAUUGGUGGUUUAGAAGCACAAGCUGUAGGAAUACUGAAUUAUGCACAAGGUGUUUAUCACGAUAGAAAAUUUGGAGUUAAAAUUCCACUAGAUAAAGCCAUUGAAAAGAAAUUACUUGAUGUUGAAUUAGUUAGCCAGAAAAAAUUUGAAGAAUAUGAUUUAGAAUUAAUAACGGAUACAAUAACAGAAAAACGUAUAACAUUGUAUAAAAUACACGGUGUGAGAAAUAAUGUAUUAGAUCGAAUGGAAUCUGGAGCUGUGGCUGUUAAAGGACAAAUGAUUGAUACAGAAGCAAAAACUUACACGGAUUUUUCAACAGGCGAAUCGAUGUCGAUACAAGAAGCAGUCAAUAGAAAUUUAAUACAAGCAAAAAUAAGUGAACAUGUUGAGAGAAAACCACUUGGUUUAUCAAUGCAAAAUGCCAUACGUUUAGGAUUUUAUACAGCUGAAACAGGAACAUUCCGUGAUCCGGCCACUGAACAAUACUUGACAUUAAGCGAAGCCAUUGACCAUGGACACAUUCAUCCGAAUGGUGUAGCCUUUGCUGAUAGUGAGCGUGGACCAAUCAACUUGUACGAAGCGAUAAGUUUAGGUUUAUGUAAUGUUCGUGAGGGUGGAAAAUUGAAUUCUGCUAAAAUAAAACUAUUUAAUGCUAAAUUAGUUGAACCAAAAUUACAUCGUAUGAAUGUUGAAGAUGCUAUACGAUGUGGAUUAUUAAAUUUACGUACAGGUUUAUAUAAACAUCCACAUAGUGGCGAACAAUUAAGUUUAAAAGAAGCAAUACAGCGAGGUUUAAUAGACGGGCAAUCAACAGUUAUCGAACAUCCAUCAAAUGGACAGUAUAUGACAUUGAAACAAGCAUUAGAAGGCACAAGAAUUGAUCAAGAAGGUCAAGUAGUUGAUUUAUAUUCACAAAAAAUUAUAACAACAUUAGAAUUAGCAUUUAAUCAUCGAAAAUUAUUUUCAAUGUUUGAUGUGAAUGCAGGUGAAAUAUUUAUACCGUCACAAAAUGAAUCGAUUGGAUUUGAAAAAGCGAUAAGGAAAAAUUUAUUAGAUAAUAAAAUAAAAUUAUUUGAUCCAAAAACUAAUAAAGAAUAUACGAUACAAGAUGCUAUUGAACGAGGAUUAGUCGAUCAUGAAAGUGGAUUGAUUUAUGAUCCACGUUCAAGACAACAAUAUUCCAUACGUGAAGCAAUUCGUCAUGGUUUGAUAGCAGUUGUUGGUGCGCCUUUAGUACCAAUUAAAGCCGAUCAUGAAACAGUAGCUGCUAAAAUAACAUCAAGAAAACACCGUCGACAUUCAUUAGCUAAAAGUUCAUUACAUUAUGAUUAUAACAGUGCACCAGAUUCAGCCGAUGAAGAUUCUUUGUCAGCAGGUGGACACGGAUGGCAUAAAGUAAAACCAACAAGACAACAUAAAAGCAGAGAUAACAGUCCAUUCAGUGGCACAAGAAGACGAACAGGAUCAUCACCGAGUGCUGCUGAACGAUCGAAAUUAUCAAAAUUUUCCACAACAUGUCGAGAUGAUGAUUGGACAACACCAAAACGUUUUGAUAGAAGGGACGAUGAUGAUGAAGACGAUUAUUUUUCACGAAGACAUUUUCAUACUGCUGUUGGUGAUGAUACAUUUGUCUCAAGCAGUAGUAGAACACAAAGUGGUGGUGGUACAGUAACUACACAACAAAAACGAAAUUUCAAUGCACAACAACAACAUUUGGCAACAACACCAGUUUCAAGUCAAAAAAAUAUAGAUGAACUUACUCAUUUAAUCGACAAUCAAACAGUAGAAAAGCUAACUGAACGCAUCGUCAAUGAAACUACUGAAUCAUCUUCACAACCAUCACUACGCAAAGAUACGUCGCAAAGAUACGUAAACAAUGAAAAUCAGCGAGACGUACCGUCACAACACUUAAAAGAGGAUCAAGAAGUAACGUGGACAUCGUCUACUGAUGACAAUGUUCGUUAUAAAUUAUUAACCGAGCAAGCUCCAAUUAGUCAAAUAUCAAAACAACCGGAGCAACAGUCAAAAACUGAUAAUGAAGAACGAUCAACAAUAUUAUCACUAUCGAAUGAGGAUGAAAAAUUAACAAGAAAAGACGAUGAUGAGUUAGAACAUGGUUUUACUAUUGAAAAUAAAUCAGAGCAAGAAGAAGUCUCGUCUUCUUCGUUAUCAUUAUUACCACAACAGUCGCCAACAAUAUCCACGGAUCAAGAGACACCAGUUGUUGGUAAUGUUAAAAAUGAAGAAGAAGGCGAUAAAAUCAAUGAUAGUGUUCAAUGGCGCGAUCAUACACCACCAGUGUCUACCAGCUUCAAGCGUACAUCAUCAGAGAGGCAAUCAGUUAAUCGUACAACAUUCCAAAACGAGCAGAUGAAAAAUAAGAGAAUGUAUCAUUCAAAAUCGGAUAGUUCUCUAAAUAAAUCAUCAACUAUAAAAAAAACAAAAAAAUCGAUUAGUCUAAGUUUUGAUGAGUUAAACAAACGUACUAUUGACAAUGAAUUUCGUAUAAAAUUAACUGAAAAACAUAAUUAUGAGCCACAAGCAACAUUUCGAGAAUUAGAAGAAUUGGUAAAUUCAUUUGAUUUAAAUAAAAACUAUGUGAUUGAUACUGAUGGUUUUAUUCGAAACAAAGAGGAUCAUCUCGUAUUUACAUUAACUCAAGCAAUUGAUUAUGGAAUUAUUCGUUUAACAAAUGACACAAAAACGACAAUUAAAAGAGAUGAAUCACCCAAUAUAUCUAGAACAGCAUCAUCUGUCAUUAGUAGACAGUCAAGUAGAUCUAAACAUUCAACAAUUUCAUUUCGUUUACAAGAGGUUGAUGUGGAUGAUAUUAUUGAUGAAAUGAAAAAUGCUAUACAACGUUUAUCUUCAUUUCAACUUCAAAUUAAUAAAUAUGCUUAUAUCAAUGAAAAUAUCGAUGAAUUAAAAUCAAAUAUUGAAUUUAUUAAAGCCAUACGAGAGGAUAUUCAUCAAGAAAAAUCAUUAAUUAAUUCAUUAUUAAAUCGUUCAAAUUCAUUUUAUGCCUAUUCGAAAAUUAAUGAUCAAGACAAUGGUGAUCUUGAACUAUUAGCGAAUGAUUUGAAAGAAAAAUGGGAAAACGUUCGUACAACAAGUGGAAAUCUUGUCGAACGUUUGGACGAUUAUUGUUUGAAAAUAAAUCAAUUUAUCAAAGAACAUGAUCGUUUAAACGAAUGGUUAAAUGAAGCUGAAAAACAACUAAUUGAUAUUCAAGUAAACUGUAAUUUGGAGAAUAUAAAUGAAACAGUCGAAAAAUUAAAGAAAACAUUAGAAAUGGGUGUAGGUGCUCAAGUUGAUAUAAGAUUUUUACAAGAAAAUUUACAAUUAAUACAUUCGACAAUAAAUGAUUUUGAUCGAUUUAUUCAACAAACAACAAUAAAUCAAAAUCAAAAUCUGCUCGAUGAUAAUAAUGACGAAGAGUCGUUAACUUCAUAUGAUAAAAGACUUAAUAAUAAUAGUCUCUUGUAUAGUACGCUUCAGCAAAAACUUGAACAAUUAGCAUCCAAUUAUACGGAUUAUCUAAAACGAUGUAGACACUUAUAUGAUCAAACUUUAAGUCAACAAACGAACUUAAACACAUUUAAUCAUGUUCAUGAUGAAUUGAAUCAAUCUAUGAAUGAUUUUGAGAAAAAACUUAGUAAUGAUGAACAACAAGCAACAGAAAAAACGUCAGUAAAUAUCCUUCAUGAUAAUAAUGAAUUGCAAAUAUUAUUAUUAAAUUGUCAACAACAGUUAGAAAAAUUACGUCGAAUAAGUCAAACAAUCGAUAUAUUUGAUAAUCAAGAGGAUAUUAUUGAAUCGUCUUCUUCUUCUACUUCAAUACAAAAUCAGAUGAAUGAUUAUAUUCAUUCAUCGAUUGAAACACACACAAAUCGAUGGAAUGAUAAUGAAAAACGUUUAAUGCAUCAUUUUGAAUUAAUUCAACGUUUAAACAAUGAAACUCGAAAUAUUAAAGAAAAUAUUAUCGAUUAUAUUCAAUGGUUAGAAAAAUCUCAUGAACAAUUUGAUACUGAUUUUCUACAUAAACCAUUAUCAUUAAAUCGUUCAAAAUUAGAUGAACAAAUUAUUAUUUAUCGUCAAUAUAAUGCACAAUUACGUACACGUCGUCAUUCAUUUAAUGAUAUUAUUAAAACAAAAUCUCAAUUAUUAAAUUUUAAUGAUGAAAAUAAUGAAUUAGAAAGAAUUGAAAAUAAUUUAAAACAAUUAGAAUUUGAUUCAAAUGAUUAUAAUGAGAAAAUAAAUCAUUUAUCAUCAACAUUAAAUGAAUAUUUAUUAGCACAUACUCAAAUUAUUGACUCAUAUGCAAAACAAAUUCGUCAAUAUGAUUCUUAUAUAAAACAAAAUGAUUUUUCAAAUAUAAAAAUAUUAUUAGGUAAAAAUAACGAAGAUUAUGAAAAGAAAUUAUCAUUAUACAAUCAAACUGUUGAUCAAUUAUUAAUUGAAAAUAAUGAAAAUUUAACAGAUCAAAAUGAUAUUUUAACAUUAAAACUUAUUGUACAAGAACAUCAUGACAAAUUUCAACGUUUAAUAAAUGAUCUUACAUUAAUUAUAAAUAAUCGUGAACAUUUAACAGAAGAAUAUAAUGAUUUAAAAACAACAAUUGAACAAUGGUUUAUCUCGAGUGAUUAUACAUUAAAACAUAUAGAACCAAUACCAUUAGAAUUAGAUGCAUGUUUAGAACGUUUAGAAAAAUGUAAUUUACUCUAUAAUGAAUAUCAGACAACUUAUAAUGAUAAUGUUAAUCGAUUAAAAAUAUUAUCAAAUCAAAUUUUAUGUUUUCAUACAAGUUCAAAUAUUGAUAAUUUAUUAGAUACACUUAAAAUGACAUUUGAAUCAACAAUUAAAUUUGAUAGUGAACAAAUUAUUAAAAAUGAUACAACUGAAAAUGAACAAAUGAUAACUGUAGCUACAGAAAAUAUUGUUGAAUGUUAUAAAAAUAUGGGACAACGUAUUCAAUCUUAUAUUGAUUAUUUAAAAUUAUUAAUAGAACAAAUUGAAACAUACAAAACAUCACAUAAAGAAGCACAAUUAUGUAUUGAACAAACAAACAAAUUACUCGAUUAUGAUAUUAAACAAAAUCAAAUUAUUUCAUUACCUAUUGAACAACAACAAAUUGAUUUAUUUAUGAAAAAAUAUCAAGAUAUUGAUGAACGUUUAAAAUCGUCGAAUGUUACAAUUGAAGACUAUAAAGAUACGGGUUUCUCAUUAAUUAAUGGUGGUCAAAAACGUUUUGAUACAAAGAUGAUUAAAGAUGAAAUUGAAAUAAUUGAUCAUCUAUGGUGUGAUUAUAUUGAACAUGUUCAUGAUAUGAUUGAUUAUAUUCAAUUACAAAAAGAUGAAUUAUCACAAUUUCAUCAUUUGUCAAAAGAUCUUUUAACUUUAAUUGAAGAGAAACAAUGUGUCGUCGAUAUAUUAAGUAUUCGACAGCGUACAUUAUCCGGUUCAUCCUAUGAUCAACAUCAAUUACGUGAACAAAUUGAUCAAAUAAAACAAAUUCAUGAUGAAAUUGAAAAACAAUAUGAACGAGUAGAAGAUUUAAAUUUAAAAGGAGAAGUAUUAUUAGAACGUUGUUCUACAAUAGAUAAUAAUAAUAAAAAUAAUGUUAUUGAGCAAACAAUUGAAAAUAUAAAUAAAAAAUAUGAUAAUUUAACAGUAAAAGCAAAAUAUUUAUUACACAAUUUAACACAAAUAAAAGAUUAUGUUCAACAAUUUGAAACACAAUUAUUAUUAUGUCAUAAUUUCAUUGAAAAAAUUGAUGAUGAUGUUAAAAUGGUUUUGAUCGAUAAAAAUACCGAUGAACAAUCACAACAACAAAAUAUGUUACAAGAACAACAAUUAGCGACUAUUGAGAAAGAUCUUGAUUUGGCUCAAUUAUCAUGGCAAAAUGCUAAAGAAAAUCUUGAUAAAUUAUUUAAUUAUUUAAAAUCUUUAUCAUUACCUAUAUUAGAAAAUGAUGUUAUUAAUAAUUAUACAGAAGAUCAACAACAAGAAAUACGAAAUCUUGAAUCAAGUUUAUCACCAUUACGUCAACGUUUAAAUAGUGAAGAACGUUUAUUAAAACAAAUUGAAUCAAAAUAUGAUGAUUUAAAACGAAAAUUAUUAGAAAAACAAGAACGACGUAAAGAUAUUGAAACAAAAUUAAAUCAAUUUGAAUUAUGGUUAAAUGAGAAAAAUUUAGAAUUUGAAAAAACAUAUGAUAAACGAUUAAUAUCGGCUGAUUAUAAUAAAUUAAAAAUACAAAAAGAUGAUUAUGAACAUUUUUUGACACAGUUAAAUGAUAAAGAAAUAAUUAUCUAUGAAUUAAAUCAAUAUUUCAGUGAAGAAGGUGAACAAAAUCAAAAAUUUUAUUCAUUAUCAAAACAAUAUAAAAAUCUUAUGAAAAAUUGUGAAGAAUUACAUAAUAAAACACGUAUUUGUUUUGAUUUGGCAGAAAAUAUUAAAUUAGCUACAACAACAAUUUUAACAUGGAUCGAUUGUCAAGAACAGAAAAUAAUUGAUGAUACAAAACGGCUCAAUAAAGAACAAUUAGUGGAAAAAAUUAAAGAGGAUCAAAUACUUCUUGGUGAAAUUGAAAAACGUCAUCAUGAUGAACGAACGAUCGAAGGUGAUUUAAAAGAAUUAUUAUUAAUGUCAAGUAUCGAUCAUGAUAUUGUACAAAAUGUUGUUGAAUCAUUAUCAUUACGUUUACAAAUGUUGUAUGAUAAAGUCUUUUUGAAUCGACAAAAUAAUGAACUAUUAUUAUCAAAAUUGAACGAUUUUACUGAACAACAUGAAAUUCUUUCAAAUCGUAUUCGAGAAAAUGUCGAUAGUAAUGAUGAAACAUUAAUAUCAAAUAUUGAAGUAUACAAUCGUUUAGCUGAUGAAUUAAAAAUAUCAUUUCCCGAUAUGACUGAUCAACAAUCUAUAGAUGAUUUAAAAAAUAGUUUAACGUCAAAUUUUGUUCAACAAGAAAAAGAUAAUCUAUUAAAAAAUCAAACAUCAUCAAUUAGUAAACGUUUAAAUGAAAUUCAAUCAAAAAUUCAAUCAAAUGAUCAACCACAAACAUUAGAAGAAUUACAAACAGAAAUUGAAAAUAUAAAACAAGAGAUACAACUAAAACGUCCAGAAGAUUUAACAACAAUAAGUAAUGAACAAAUAAAAAUUGAAACACCGACACCAGAAAUUAUUAAAUCAAUUGUUAGUAAAAUUAAUUCAUUACAAGUUGAUGCAAAAGAAAAAAUUUCAUCAUAUGAAAAAGCUAAACAAAUUUUAGAAGAAAAACAUGAUAAAACAAUAAAUAAUAUGAAACAAUUAGAAACAUUAGUGGAAGAAGCAAAAUUAAUAGAAAAUGAAAAUGAAUUUGAUAAAAUUUUUAAUGAACAAAUUCAACCAUUGAAGCAGCAAAUUUUGUUAGACGAUGAACAAAAUGAACAAUAUUUAGAUACAAUUGAUGAUAAAAUUAUUGAAAUAAAACAAGUACAUGAUAAAAACAAAGAUGAUCGAUUAAAUAAAUAUGAAAUUGAUUUUAAUGAAUUUGAACAACAAGAAUUAAAAUCAAUUGAAAAUCGAGAACAAAUUAUUUUAGCAUUAAAUAAAUUAAAUUUUAUUAAAAAAUCAAUUUUAUCAUAUGAUAAUAAUGAAACAAUAGAUAAAAAAGAGAAAUUAUUAAAACAAGUUGAUCAUCGUUUAGUUACAUUAGAACAAUUAAAAUUGAUACAUGAUAAAUUAAAUACUAUUCAACAGACAAUUGAUAUGUAUCUAGCAAUGAUUGAUAGACAAUCAGAACAAUAUCACAAUGGUCAAAUGAUUAUUACAAGUGAAUUAAUAGGUGAACAACAAAAACAAAUUAUUAAUAGUUAUAAUCAAUUACAAUCGUGUAAACAAGAUUUAAAUACAUGUCAAAUAAAUUUAAAUGAAAUUGAAAAAAAUGAAGAUCCAUCAUCACCAUUUUUAUCUACUGUAAAACAAUAUCAUGUCAAAUGUUCAACAAUUGAAUCAAAUCUUAAAAAUAGUUUUGAUGUUAAUAAACUUCAAAUUGAUGAAUAUGAUCGUUUUAAAAUAUUUAUUGACAAAUAUGAACAUAUUAAACAACAAUUAAUUGAACAUCAACAAAUAAUUGAAAAUUUAUUGAAAGAACAAGAUAAAAAUGAGGAAGAUAUUCGAGAUAUGUCAAUUUUUGAACAAAUAUUUGAUGAAAAUGAACAAGCAUCACAUAAAAUGAAAGAAUUAAAAUUUGAUUUUCAUAAUCAUAUAGAAAAAUUUCAAUUAUCAUUAAUAAAUAAUUUAUUAAAAUAUUUAUUAACAGUUGAUUUAGAACAAAAUCUUGAAGAAAAAUUUUUAAAUUUAUUUUCUCAAACACAAAAAUUAUUAUUAAAAUCGACAGAAAAAAUGUCACAAACAAGUGAAAUAUGUUCAAAAAUGCAAUCAAUAAGAAAUGAUUUUCAAUUAUUAGAAAAAGAAUAUAAUGAAUUAGAUGAUGGAUUAUUAAUAUUUGAUUAUGAAUAUUUGAAUAAACAAUUACAAUUAGUUACACAAUUAAAUGAAAAAUUUUUAUAUUAUGAACAAGAAUUAAAAUCAAUUUCAGUUGAUCAAAUUGAUGAUGUUGAUGUUAUAAAAUCAAUGUUAAAUGAUUUAUUUAAACAAUAUGAUAUUUUACGUAAAAUUGGCUAUGAUAUUCAAUCAAAAUAUGAACAAGCUAAAUUAUAUUGUACAUUAUUUUCGGAUGCUGCUUUAGAAUUAGAAGAAUGGUUUCCAUUUAUUUUAAAUGAAUUAGAUAUUCUUGAACAACAACCACAAUUAAAUGAUAAUAUUGAUAAUAAAUUAAAUGAUUUAACAAAACAAAUUAAUGAACAUCGACAAUUUAUUGAUAAAUU